AUGAAAUUUUUAAUAAUCCUUGUGAGUUGCUAAUUAGCAUUUGGAUUACAAAUUCAUUACUCAGAGCAAAUAUGUCCUUGUUCUGAGUAUUCUUAAAAUAUUUGUGAUUUAUCGGCAACAUGUUCUUGGAAUGGCGAAUCUUGUUAAGAUUUAGAUUGUCAAGAUCGUAAUUCAACUUUUUGCCUUGGUUCGGAAACUAAUUUUAAAUGCAUUUGGGACUAGAAGUUCGAAGAAUGUUAGGAUUUUGAUUAUGAAGAAUGUGAUCAAAUCAGUAAUGAAAAAGAUUGUGCAGACUCUUAUUAUUAUACCAACAUCAGCUGUUCAUGGACACAUAAUAUGAAGUGUGAAAAGUUUGAUUGCUCAAAUUCCUACACAUGUCCAUUUAAUAAUUGCUCCUACAUAAAUGGCGUAUGUUCAAAUCCAACAAAGGAAUUAAAUUGUUAAACACUACCUAAAGAUUAAUGUAAUUUUAAUGUAGAUGGUAAUGGUCAAAUGUGCUAUUUAAACGAUUAUGGCUAAUGCGAUUCACUUAAUUUUAUCGAAUUUGUAUGCCCUUUAUUGGAUGAUUCUUAGGAUCUAUGCCUAAAAUCAGAUUGCGUAUAUGAAAAUAAUAAAUGUAGAAAGAAAGUAUGUGCGGAUAUAAAAUUACAAGAAGAGUGCUAUUUUUUGUAGAAUGGAAUAUUACAAUUUAUUACAACAUGUUUUUGGUAAGACAAUUCUUGUUAAGAAGUUUAAUAGGAAGAUCUUCAUGGCUUUUCAAGAGAGAAUUGCCAAAUCAGAACAGCUUUCACUUAUAGUUGGUCUGACAAUAAUGAAUGUCAAAAAUGCGUAUUAUUAUAAAAAGAAAAUGAAAGUGUUGAUGAGGUUUUGCCGAUUGUUCUUGGCAUAACAAUCCCUUUAUCUGUUUUAUUGAUCUUAACUUGCAUUUUUAUUUUGUGGUGUAAGAAAAAACAAAAAUUUUGCUUUAAGCCAGACCAAAGAAACAAUUACGAAGCUGAAAUUCAAAAAGAUGAGAAAAAGUCAUCCGAUAAUAAUUUCACCCAAAGGCUAAAACUUGAAUAAAUACCAGCCCUUUGA